AUGGUCCACCCCACUGUGUUCUUCAACAUCACUGCUGAUGGCGAGCCCUUGGGCUGCAUCUCCUUCCAGCUGUUUGCAGACAAAGGUGGCAACGUCACGCACCCUCAUGGUACUGGCGACAAGUCCAUCUAUGGUGAGAAGUUCGAUGAGAACUUCAUCUGGGAACAUUCAGGUCCUGGCAUCUUGUCCAUGGCAAAUGCUGGACCCAAUACAAAUGGUCCUCAGUGUUUCACCGGCACUGCCAAGACGCAGCCGUUGGGUGGCAGGCAAGUGGUCUUUGGCAGGGUAAAAGUGGGUAUGAAUAUCGUGGAAGCCAUGCAGUGCUUCGGGUUUAAGAAUGGCAAGACCAGCAGGAACAUCGCAAUGGCUGAUUGGGAACAACGAUAA